GCGGUCGCGCCGCCGUUCUCCGACCUCAGGCCUCAUCCUCCGUACGCCUCUACUUCCGCGUGCUAGAACUUGGCUAGAACAUCUUAACAUCAAGGACCGACGGACACUCCCCUGUGCUGUUCAGACUGUCUUGAAGUCCGGGCGUCGCCAGCCAUGUCUAGCACAGGAGCACAUCUGUUGUCCCUAAAGGUGAUGCGGGUCUCGCGGCCCUCAGUAUCCAGUGCAUGGGAACCCUUCUACUCCAGUUCUCCCUCAUUCUCCGCACACUCAACGACAUCAAUCGUUUCGCUGCAGGGGAAGACAGCUCUUCCAGGUCAUCCGAAGACGCUCCGCGACCUCAGCCAUGUCACUGAGAUGCUCAUGCUUCCUUCCUCGUUUGGGGCUAUCCAGCUCGGAGAAACUUUCACCAGUUGCAUCUCGGUCAACAACGAAGCGAACAUACCGGUGGAUGCCGUUACUCUCACUGUGGAGGUGCAGACGACGUCGACAAAGACUGUAUUGGCUGAGUUCGGUGGCGAGGGGCAACAGAUGGGGCCGGGAGAGUCACUAGAGAAAGUGGUGAGCCAUGAGAUCAAGGAACUGGGUCAGCACGCGUUGGCAUGCACGGUCUCGUACCGUCUACCUCCAAGCGCACGCGCCUCCACGAGUGCGGAUGGUAGCGACUCGGACGCGCUCGUCUUCCGGAAGUUCUACAAAUUCGCUGUAACAAAUCCCUUGUCUGUCAAGACGAAGGUGCACGUACCGCGGGGACCGUCUGCCAUGCUCUCCCGAACGGAACGAGAGAAGGUCUUCCUUGAGAUCCAUAUUCAAAAUCUCACACAAGACGCGAUGUGGCUAGAACGUAUGCAUCUAGAGUGCGCCGAGGGCUGGCAGGUCCAAGAUGCAAACAUGGUGGACGGUGAAGAUGAUUUAGGCAGCGAGAGCAUAUUCUCCGGCUCGAUGGCGCUGAUGCAGCCGCAGGACAUGCGGCAGUACAUAUACAUUCUGUCGCCAGCGCAACUUGCCAUAUUUCCUGUGUCGCAUCAGCCAGGAAGUAUUCUACCUCUUGGGCGACUGGACAUAUCCUGGAGGUCAUCAUUCGGGGAGCCUGGGCGCCUCCUGACGUCGAUGCUGUCUCGCCGAAUACCCCUCAUACAAGCCCCAGUACAACCGGCCCCGCCACCACCACCCAAGCAGCCCGUAUCAGCGAUCCCUCUCCACCUCCAGCGCUCUACAUCCGUCGCCCAGCCUGUCCCGUCACGCCCUCGCUCACCCCAACUCAAUCAACGGCCCACCAGUCCUCCUGCCAACGUGCCGUAUCGGUCGAACUCUCCGUUUCGCAGCCGCACGGUGCCUUCGCCAGCUCUACCGGCGUCCGCACCACCGAGUACGUCAGUCUCUGCUCCAGCGCGUCGUCCAGAGGACGUCGAAGUAGAUCUUGUCGUCCGCAAUAUUCCGCGCAGCUCUAUCAGAGUGGACAAGCCGUUCACGGUCAGUCUCACUGUGAACGUCGCGAGCCCCGUACCCGUCGCUCGUCCAGGGGAACCUCGACAGUCACGGUUCUUGUCCCUUGCUGUGCAGCACACGCAGCCUUUGCGCUCCGUGCCCGUCCCACUUAUCGCUGCGGCCCCUGCACUACAGAACAGGACGGAGCCCCAAAGUCCACGUUUAGCAUCCGGCAUGUCGACGCCGUCGCCAUUUGGAACACCGCAGAGAGCGGAUUUCCAGGACUUCUUAGCGCAGAAACUCCUGGUUGCGUCCCCGCGCGGGACCAACACCGACGACGAUGAUACGCAGACCGAGACUGGUAUGGCCGGGACGCCUGCACCUCCCGGCGCGCCGUCACAUAUCACGAAGGUCAUUUUACCCCCACCGUUCACGGAGGGCCCUGCGGACGGCAAGCGAUCGUCUCGCACCUCGCAUAUCGUUUACCAAGGCUCGUCCGCGCUUUUCCUGCCGCAGCUCAGACUUGCGGCGCCUGCGAGUGCGUCGGUUAUAAGCGACAGCGGCGAGUCUGCCCCGUCACAUGAACGGAACGUCAGCACGAGCACGGUGGACAGCGCGGACAGCGAGCUGCAAGACAUGGCGAGGAGUACGUCGGUGCGGGUGGUGGGCUCGGAGGACUUUGAGCUCUCGUAUCUGCCCUUGCGGGGAGGGUUUGCUGCGUUCGGCGGCCUGCGCGUGUUGCUGAUUGAGGAUAGGAUUGUGGAUGAGGGGGAGGCUGUUUGGGGCGGUGUGCAGGAUCAUCCGCAGCUUAGAGUGUUGAAGGAGUGGGACGUGCUCGGGGAGGUAUGGAUCGAGUCGUAACUUAUACUCAUCAUUUGUUGUAGUCAGUGCGUCAUCAUCACUAUUUAUCGAAUACUUGUCGGGAGCGGGGAUUCACUCGCGGAUCGAGACCACGUGCA